UUAUUUAUCUAUAUAUAAAUUCAAUUACAAAUUUGAAUCCGUUAUUAUAUUUUGGGAUUUUGAAUAAAUGCAGCUUUGCAUUUGGAGCCAGGUUAAAUUAAGUGAUUAUUCUUUCAUACAUUUCCAGCACUCUAAAGUGUGUUGUAUUUCAUAAACUCAAAUGAGAACAGCAAUGUGCUUUACACAUUUUCAACUUCCUAGAUGCCAAAUUCACACCUUAUCCGGUUCUUGGUGGAAAAAGGUCCACAAUUUAAGCAGAAAAGCAGAAAGUACAUAUAAGUUUCAGUUACUUGGUCCCAAUAUUUAUGGCCUUCAACGGGGAGAUGAAAGUAGAAGAUUGACCAAUAAAUCGUUCUCUACAAAUACACAAGGAAAGAGCAUAAUCAGCAGAAGGACAAACCCAAUUGGCCAACAAGUAGCCGAUGUAGCUAGUUCAACACUUACCAAUUUAAAUACAAGUAGCGUAGAAAUCAGUGAAUGCAAAAGUGUUCAUAUUGAACAGAAGAUCUUGGAGGAAAAACAUUUAUAUGUUCUCCCAACCAUUAUCUGCUUUGAUAUCGAGACCACUGGAUUUAGUAGAGUUGACGAUCGGAUUAUUGAGUUUGCAUCACGGGAUCUUAGUGGGGGGGAUAAUAGUACCUUUCAGACACUUGUAAAUCCUGAUAAAUCUGUGGUGAAUACAUAUGUUCAUGGAAUUUCAUCAUAUAUGGUCAGCAAACCAGGUGUCCCAAGGAUGAAAGAGUUGAUACCCAUCUUAGUUCAGUAUGUCAAGAGCCGCCAAAAACCUGGUGGUAAAACAAUAUUAACUGCUCAUAAUGGAAAGUCUUUUGAUGUCCCUUUUCUCAUCAACGAGUUCAACCGUUGCGGCUAUGAAAUCCCACCGGAUUGGCUUUUCAUGGACACCAUGUCUCUUGCUCGUGACCUAAUAAAAGCCGAAGGAACAAAACUUUCCUCAAAGUCUCUCCAAGCCCUUAGAGAAUACUACGGCAUCACACUAACUGGUAGAGCUCACAGAGCUAUGUCAGAUGUCAACGUUCUUGCAUUGGUUUUACAGAAGAUGACUCAUGACCUGAAACUCACUGUUUCUUGUCUUCUUCAAAAUUAUACAUUUACAGCCCCAGAAACAAGCAGCAGCAAUAACUCAAAGAAGAAGAAGAAUACAAGUUAAGAUUAUGUUGUAGUCUUUACAUAGUAUUGUUGUAACUGGUGUUCUAUUUAUUAACCAAUUAAUGAAAUCUUUGGUCAUAACCCAUAA